GUGUUUGUGACUCUUUUGCCUCAUUUGUUGUUGUUGAUGAAUUAAAAAAUUGUGUUGAUUUAUCUCUCAAUUGUUUUAAAAUAUACUCCAUUGUUUAAAACAAAAUGAGAUUAAGUACCAUUCUUAUGUGUGUUAGUAAACUACCUAAAAGUUUUUCUAAUUUCCCAGAUAAAUAUGUGAAAAAACAUACUGAAUUUGUUGAAUGGAAAACACCUUCAAGAGCUAAUUAUAACCCAACCACAAUUAGAUAUCGAAAAAGAAGUAAAAUUUAUUAUGACCGUUAUCGUCCAUGGACUCAAGCGUUUAGAUCUUUAAAUGAACCUAACAACCAUCAUCCUAGAAUUUGGGUUGAGCCAAUUGAAAGAUUUUACAUGUUCAUUGGUGAUAGAGUUGAAAUUCUCCGUGGAAAAGAUAAAGGUAAACAAGGAGUAGUUAAAUAUGUGGUCCAGGAAAGAAAUUGGGUAUUUGUCGAAGGUCUUAACGUUACCCGGUCAAUUCGUAGCUUGGGUACUUAUUCCGAUAAUUUGGUGACCCUAGUUGAACAACCGCUUCUGGUACCUCGAGAUGUUGCCCUUGUUGAUCCUUCCGACAAACAACCAACAGCAGUUAAAUGGAAAUACAAUGAGGCCGGUGAACUUGUCAGAGUAUCUGAAAGAACGGGUUACAUAAUAUUAAUACCAUUAGAAUCAUUUAAAACAUACGAUUACCUAACACCCGAUCAAUACAAGGACUCACCAAAAGAUACAAGUCGAGAUGAUGCAAUCAAAGUAACUUUCGAACCAGUUUUAAAAACCUUCGAAAUGGACAUUGCAGACCAACAUGGAAUCAAAGAAGAUCGAAUUCCCUACAAAACAUAUUGGUUCUAAUCCAAUUAAACUUCUAUAUUAAUCUACUAAACAAUAAUCUAAAUAGUCAAAUGUAAUUUAGUCUAAAUGACCCCCAAGGAAAUACCGAUAAUGACAAAAAGAGAGCAAAAAAAAAUUGAUCCAAAUCGGUGGGUCCAAAUUCAUCUUUUCUUAAAUAAAUUAACCAUCUUUACCUACAA